AUGAAGCUCUCUGGUGCUCUCGUGGUGCUUGGGGUUGUCCUGCUCCUGACAUCAGGGGGAAACUGUGGCAUUUGCCCAGCUAUAAAAGAGGAGCUGGAAUUUUUUCUCGGCCCGUCUGUGACUGACUAUGUCGAAUUCAUUAAACAAUACAAGGAUGACUCUGCCACACUGAAAAAUGCUGAAAAUCUGAAGACAUGCACUGAUAACAAGUUGACAGAGGAAGACAAGGAGAAUUUAAAGAGUUUGCUGAAAUAUGACUCUCCCGACUGA